GGGCGGGGCUCCCAGCCUCCCGGGCCGGGCCUAGGCUAAAGGCGUGGAGCACCCGGCGCUGAGAGCGCGUAGUAGAGCAGCGCCCACUGUACAGAAGUGGGCGACGACGAUCGCGCCGUCCCAGUCCGCCCGCCAGCGUCCGCGCCGCUCCCGCACCCUUACCCCUGCUGGCCCUUGCUGGGCGCGGCCAGCGGCCAUGCAGCCCCGAGGUUGAAGCGGCCCCAUGGCGAAGCCCGCUUCCCCACCGGCCGGACAACGACGGCGCAUGGAGAACUUCCGUAAGGUGCGCUCUGAAGAGGCGCCGUGUGGGGGCGGGGCCGAGGGGGGCGGCCCCGGCUCCGGCCCUUUUGCGGACCUGGCGCCGGGCGCGGUACACAUGCGAGUCAAGGAGGGCAGCAAGAUCCGGAACCUGCUGGCCUUCGCCACCGCCAGCAUGGCGCAGCCAGCCACGCGCGCCAUCGUCUUCAGCGGUUGCGGUCGGGCCACCACCAAGACCGUCACGUGCGCCGAGAUUCUCAAGCGCCGCCUGGCUGCCCUGCACCAGGUCACGCGGCUGCGCUACCGGAGCGUGCGCGAGGUGUGGCAGAGCCUCCCGCCAGGGCCCUCUCCCGGGCAGAAAUCUAGCGAGCCGGCCGCCAGUCUCAGUGUACUUAAGAACGUCCCCAGUCUCGCCAUCCUACUUUCCAAGGAUGCACUGGAUCCGCGCCAACCCGGCUACCAGCCCCCGAGCCCCCAUUCUGGCCCCUCGUCCCAGCCAGCCGCGCCGACGUCCAAGAGGAGCCUAGGGAAACCCGCUGCUGAAGGCUCUGCGAAGCGAUCACAACCUGAGGUAGGUGGUGCGGAAGAGGAGCGGACGGCCUAAGAACUCAUGGCUCUGGGCCACCGAGAGUAGCUGGAUCUUAACCCCAGCGCCUCGACCUUGAGACGCACCUCCAGCCCUUCAGCCUCGGUCUUGUGGAGCUCACAGCCUGAUCUCAGCUCCUCAGACUGGCAUCAUGGACCCCACGGCCACAAGAGAGGGACCCCAGGGAAGCUUCCUGAGGUGGUUGCUCCUCCACUUGCGUUGCCUGAAGACGCAGAAUUCCAUCUUCAGCCUUUCUGAGCCAUACUGGGACCUUCUUCAGGGAGGGAAUGCUGAGCAACCUGAACGUUGCUCAGGACCCCCAGUGUUUAAAGGCAACCAGCAUUCAUGAGGGGGACAGGAGUGUGGAAGCCAAGGAGAGAAUGCUCUUGGAAUCACCUCCAUCAUUGGCACGGAGGGCAUGGGGUGAGAAAGCUACUGCUUGGAGGCAGGGGCGUCUGAGUUGUGGGGAGCCCCAUUCUACCCCUCACCCCAGGACAGUUACCUUUCUAGUGUUCCUUCCUCUACUUUUAAGGAACAUCCUGAGAUCAUGGUGGCAGGUGCGUCACCAUGGGCUCUAGCUCUUUUAACAUCCCCUGUUUGCCAUGCUAACCCAGAGGGAGAGACCCAGGACAGAACUCUCCAUGCCUCCUCCCUUGAGCCCCACAGCUGGAAUCUUGCUUCCAAUAAAACAAACAAAAAUG